AUGGCCAAAGAUAUUGCCAAAGAUCUAACGGUGGAGCAUGCUAAUAAGGUCAAUGCCGCCAUCAGCAGGAUACAACUUAAAGGAGAUAUUGACAAGGAUACAGCUGAAUUCUUGCGCUGCGAUUCCCCACGAGCAGGGAAUUUCUAUCUCCUUCCAAAAUUCCACAAGGCUGGUAACCCCGGUCGACCCAUCAUCAAUUCGAUUGGCCACCCCACAGAAAAAAUCUCAAAAUUCAUCGACUUCCACUUGAGAUCCCAUGUCGAGAGCUUGCCAUCUUACUUGAAAGACACCACGGACUACCUUAAAAAGACGCCAUGUAGUAAUCUACCUGAUGACACACUCCUGGUCACCAUUGAUGUGGUUUCCCUUUACACCAACAUCCCACAUGAGGACGGAAUCAUAGCCUGCCGUUCUGCUUGGGACACUCGGAGGAAUAAGCACCCUUCAACAGAUAGUUUAGUGGAACUUCUUAAGUUAGUGCUCACGCUGAACAACUUUACAUUCAACGGAGAGCACUAUCUUCAAGUUAGUGGUACGGCAAUGGGCACUAAAAUGGCACCAUCUUACGUGAAUGUGUUUAUGGGCCAUCUCGAGACAAGGCUUCUAAUAGCGGCCCCAUCGAAACCUCUCAGCUGGUUUAGAUUCAUUGACGACAUCGAGAUCAAGUGGACAUCCGGUAGAGAGUCCCUCGAGGAAUUCGUUCGUUUCGCGAACGAGUUCCAUCGGACCAUUAAGUUUACUGCCGACAUCUCCGAAGAGAAAAAUACUUUUUUGGACACCCGUUCCACACUCGUCAACGGAGAAAUACACACGGAUUUAUACAGUAAACCCACGGACACUCACCAGUACCUUCGCCCGUCCAGUUGUCACCCACCCCACACUACAAGGAGCAUUCCAUACUCCCAGAUUUUGAGAAUCAGGCGUAUCGUCUCCGACGACGAUGACUUCAGACGUCGUUGUGUAGAGCUUAGAUCUCAUCUUCUCAAUAGAGGAUAUGGCGCAGCCCUAAUAGAUCGUGAAAUUGAUAGGGUGAAAAAAUUGGACAGGGCGAGUACACUGGAAUAUAAAGACAGGCCGAAAACUGGAAGAGUACCUUGUGUGGUAACCUUUCAUCCGGUCAUGCCCGCAUUGUCAACAAUCUUCCAGAAACACUGGCACAUCGUGUUGUCGUCCAGCAAACUCCAGGGUAUUUUCCCGGAACCCCCAUACUAG